AUGUCUACCGUGUCCGACCUUGUUGCGGCGUCAGCAGCCCUUCGGAGUCCAAAUAACCUUUCAAAUGAGGACUAUGACCGUCAACUGCGUGGUCAUGUUACACACGUCCGACGAUUGAUAUCGAAGAGAGAUCUGGGCUCCAUCGCUCGUGAUGAUGCACUCUUGGAUCAAUUUGAUCCCUCAAAUGACUCAAUCACCUAUCUGUUUCUUCUACAUCUUCAAAUCCAAACCCUCCGGGAGGAGUCUAGCGGGACCCUGCCAGCAGAAUUACUCCCAUUAGGAUCAUUUUGGUCAAAGGCAGCGCACUACUUGAGGACAUUUGACUGCAUCCAAGUCAGAUAUGCCGGUCAUGAAUGGCUCCAGUUGGUCGAAUUCAUGGGACUAGCUUCGCAGGGUUCUUCGAAGCCUAUCUUGACUGCCCAGCUUAUCAGGGAUGCGCUUUUGCGACUUGAUCCAUCAUGUGCUGUCUUGACAUCAACCCACGUACUUCUAACCCAGCUUUGUCUUGCGUCUCGAGCGUAUACCUGUGCAUUGCCAGUCUUGGACAAACAGAUUCGCCACAUUCCUGCGCUACCAAAUCGUGCUCCAUCUAACUCAAUAUCGGCACUAUGCGCGGAGCACGAAUCAAGUUUAUCAUUCAUCAAUGAGACCACUGGUCUUUCGUCUAAGCUGUCGUACAGAGACUACCUUCGGUACUUUCUAUAUGGUGGGAUGAUUUAUUUGGCACUGAAGGAAUGGCGUAAGGCAUCGCACUUCUUGGGCACUGUGAUCUCUAUGCCGACCUUGGGCUCUGUGAGCAUGAUAAUGGUUGAGGCUUAUAAAAAAUGGAUACUUGUGGGGCUACUUGAGAAGGGCAAGCUGUGUUCGCCACCGAGUAUAACUGCAUCUCAUGUUGUCAAAACAUUGCAAUCCCUGGUCAAACCCUACAUCAGCCUUGCUCAUACCUUUGAGCGUGGUGAUGUAAAGAAGCUAGAGGUAGAGGUUGAUGCUGCUCGAGAUAUUUGGUGUCAGGAUAAUAAUAUGGGCCUUGUCUGCCAGGUUGCCAGUGCAUAUUCAAGACAUUCACUGAUCAAUACCAGUAAAGUCUUUGCGGCCUUGACUGUGUCAGAAGUCUCAUCACACAUAUCACUGUUAUCUACAGAUACUGAUGAAGUUGGCGAGGCCAAUAUAGCAUCGCUUGUUGUGGCUGGCACUAUAGAUGCGACAUUGGUGCACUUACAUCCCCAUUCAAGGGAUACAAUGCUGCGGUUCCCAGAUGUAUCCUCUUGGGAAGAGGUCUCCUAUGAGACUAAGAUACAAUCACAGUUCCAAGAAGAGGGACAAAUCCUCAAAUCUCUCUUUGUUGGUAUGGAGGAAAAUAGCAAGAGGCUAGGUUUAAGUGAUGAGUUUAUUGAUCAUGUUAUCAGAGGUCAACUUUGGCCUACUGCUGGAAGUAUGAACCCAUCCCUAGGUGGAAACGCUGGUUCAGAAAUGGAGGAAGAUAUUAUGGGUGAUUUAUCCUAG